AUGCCUAGACAACAACAAAUAGAAGUGUGCCAUGAUGACUUGCAGGUAAUUACCAAAAAAUAUGACGCUUGCGUCUUGGGAUCGUCCAACGUUGGAAAGUCAUCAAUGAUCUAUCGAUUUAUCCACAAUCAAUUUAUCGAAAAUAUCGAAGACCAGGAUUUGUAUACCAAAAAUUACAUCAACAAACGGGGAAAUUGUGACGUUUUGACCAUUUAUGAUUCAGACUUUUCGAAUGAAAUGUAUGCCAAAAGUACACAGUUGUCAAUCAUCAACGCUUCCUGUCUAAUCUUUGCUUAUGCUAUUGAUGAUUUAACUUCGUUUAAUUCUCUUGAAGAUUAUUUUCAUCACAUCAAAUUGAUCAGAAAUGAAAUGCCUCCAUUUUUCAUUGUUGGUUGUAAGUCAGAUUUGGAAAUGCAGCGACAAGUAUCAUAUAAAGAAGGACUUGAGUUGGCAAAUACUUUGGAAUCGAUGGCAUUUGGAGAGUGUUCAGCAAAGGAAAACAUUGGAGUAUUGGAGCUUUUUGAUAAGCUAACCACAUUGAAAGCAAGUGAAGCUUCACGUGGGCAUCAGUCAAAAUCAAAAGGCUCAAACAUCACAUCGAAAAACCACACUACAAAACAACGCAUACAGCCACAAGCUCGCCUUAAAGAGGGUAAUCGUAGCAAAAUCGAUACGCAAGACAGAACCAACCUCAAGACUAAGCGGGCUAACUCUACUUCUGAAAAGACGAGCGGUAUAUCGAGUAGAGGGGUCGGUGGCAGAGACAACUCCACAAAGGGAGUGGAUAGUUGUCUGAAAAACAAGUGUUGUGUAAUCACUUGA